CUUUAGCCAAUGAAGUCCCGUGAGCGGUAGCUGUGGUUCCGCUUCCACCCGGGCGAGGCGGUCAUGGCCGUGCGGCCGGGCCGAGAGGGCGGAGAGAGCGCGGCCGCCCUGGCCAUGGCGCAGGCUCGCUUCGCCAGGGGCGAGUUUGCCGAGGCCGGGGAGCUGUACUCCGCCUUCAUUGGCCAGUGCGCGCGUCACGGGAGCAAAUGUAGCCCCGAGGAUUUGGCCACCGCAUAUAACAACAGGGGGCAAACCAAGUACUUCAGCGUUGAUUUUUAUGAAGCCAUGGACGACUACACAUCUGCGAUAGAAAUCCUGCCCAGCUUUGAAGUUCCCUAUUACAACAGAGGCUUGAUACGCUACAGGCUGGGGUAUUUUGACGAAGCUUUGGAAGAUUUCAAGAAGGCACUAGACCUCAAUCCUGGAUUUCAAGAUGCUGUUUUGAGCUUAAAACAGACCAUUUUAGACAAAGAAGAAAAGCAAAGACGAAAUGCCGAGAAAAGUUACUGAAACCUUUUAGCUUAUUGAGAUUUUUAACUCAAGAUCCUUAAAUCUGCAUUUGAUUGGCUCUAAAAUAGGCACAGAACUAUUUUGAUUAUAUGUAAGAGACUGAAUUUUAGAAGUGAAAGUAAAAUAAUGUGCUUAUUAAUUUUAAGAAAGAUCAUAUUUGAUAGGUCUCUUAAUAGAGUAAAUAAAUGAUACCAGUGUAUAAAUGUAUGCUAUUACAGCAAAAUAUUUAAAUCAAUAUGUAUUAUUUUAAAUAAAGGUUUUAUUUUUACCACA